AUGCUGGGCUACCUAAGUGGAUAUUCAAUAUUCCUGGCUGCACACAGAAGACUAUUAACAAGAUUAAGGAGAUGGGGCUACUUGGAAGAUACAACCUGCUCACUAUGUAACACAGAGGAAGAAACUAUCGAUCACCUAUUCUUUAAAUGCUCAUUCUCAACACAAGUAUGGGCAGCAGUGCUGGAUUGGCAGGGGAUUAAUAGGCAGGUGAUGGUUUGGGAUCAUGAAUUGGAGUGGGCUGAACGACACUGCAAAGGAAGAAGCUCCAAAGCUGAAAUCUACAGGAUGACACUAGCUGACAACAUAUACUAUAUCUGGCAAGAGAGGAAUGCACGAAUCUUUCAAGCAAAACAGAGAAAUGUUGCAACAAUCACUCGACUACUAAUGCAGGAAAUACAUUAUCGAGGGAAAUUGAAGCAACGAUUGAAGGGAAGGCUAUUGGAGUUAAACUACUAUCCUAUUGUUCGUAUAGAUAUGUAA